CUUGGGUGCCGCCUCGACUGUGCACGAUCUCGACAGCACAAUAUUUCUCCGCAUGUCACUUACAUUCUUGCACCUCUUCGCUCUUCCUCCCUUGUGACGGAGAUCCUUCUAGUCCUCGGCGCUCUGGAGCGCAAAGGACUUCCACCAUGCGUCUGCAUCUUCACAUCCUUCGAAAUGCUCUUCCUCCGGUCCAGAUUGUUUUCACCACGGGCACAGGCCCUUCAAGCCAUACGAGAGAGAGUGACUGCACCGUCGCAGAUCUGCUGGCUGAUGUGAACCACAUUGUACCACUGGAGUCCAGCGAUGGAGAGUGGGGUUUGGAAGAUUAUGUCGUUGAGGUUGCACCUGCUUCGUCUCCCUCUACAGCCCUGGUCGGCUAUGGAGGUGGCACAGGAAGAGUCGGGGCAAGACGAGGACAGACCCCUGGAGGUGCUGGAGGUUAUGAAUGCCUGCACUACGCUGCAAUAGAAGCGGUGUUAAGAGAGGAUGAUGAAGUUACAAUACGCCCGCUCAGUUCGGAGGAGUUGAGGGUUCGGCGCUUGGGCGGAAGACAUCAGAUCACUGGUGAUGGGAGACACUUGAUCGACGGAGUCAGCUUUGGUAGGAGGUGGCUCAGAGCUGGGACGGCGAGACCGGGCAUUCUCAUCCCUCCGAGGAAGAGACGGCGGAUGAUAACAGCAGAAGACGAGGAGAGCGACGAAGAUUUCAGACAGAUUCUGCCACCCAAUUGGGCCGGCAACGGACGCGACGACGGUGCUCUUGUGAGCCUCACCGGGUACGAUGAGGUUGAAGACGACGACGGCGACGACGACUACGACUACGAGGAAAGUGACGAUGACGAGAUGGAAGGCAAUGAACAGUCUGAUAGCGACGAGGCUGGAGAGGAGAAUCACCUGCAGAUUGCCAUCAGACAGGAUUUCGAUGACGCCGAUGCCGACGCCGAAUCUACAGAAGAUGAACUUCAGGGUUGGGAUCAGGACGUGGAAGAGCAGGAUGAGUCUCUUCUUACGGACAACGAUGACUUAUCUGAAGAAGUCAAGCUUAUACUCAGGAAUGCUGAACAAGCCGCUCGCGCUGGUGGUGGCUUUGCUUCACGGAAAGUGCUUCAAAGAACGCUCAAGAGAAAAAGAGACGUUGAUGAUGAGGAUGGAUACCGAUAUGACGAUGACACGUUUGAGGGUUUCUCUUCGCCUCAAAAAGGCCAUAAGAAGAAGGCCCUGGAGGUCGAGGACGACACCGAUAGCGUUACAUCUUCUUCUGGAUCUGACACGUCGUCUAGCGACUCCGAGAGUGACGACACAGAGACUAGAUCGAGUCCAGCAUUGGCACCUAACUCUAAUGGAGCCGACGCAAACUCCGAAUCCCAGUCCGAAAGCUCCUCUUCGGGCGCUGAUGACGAUAACAUUAGCAAAGACAUUGCCAUGGAAGAAGCAAAGAAGCGAGUGUUGGCUUUGAUGAGUGGUUUCGGAAAGGAAGAGCCGAGUGAGGCUGGCGAGGAUGAAUCUUCUGCACAGAUGAAAGUGAACGAGCACGAAGAUACAGGCCUAUUCGAUGACGAUGAGACAUCUAGCUCCGGGGAGGAUUCCACUGAUACGCAGACUUCGGAUUCGGAGGACGGUAGCGACUCUGAAUCUGAAACUUCUGAUUCGGAAUGUGAGAACGAUAAAGAAGUUGAUGAAAGAAAGCGAAGACGGGUCUCUGCAAAACAAGCACGACCUACUGAAACACUCAAGUCGAUACAACUCACUGGAGAGCACCCCGAAGUUUCUCCUGGCCAAGGGUUAUCAAGAACUCAUAGGAACAAUGAGAGGGCGAAAAGGAGAAGGAAAUUGGCGUACUUGAAAGCCAGUGGUGUACUCCCUCCCGAAGCUGACUUCAAGGCUUUGGCCGAAUACGAAAAUGCUCAAAACAAGUCCAGCACGGUAGCCCAGGCCGAUGCGGCAGCUUCCGAGGUCCCUGGACCGGUCAUAGCGACUGUGAACGAAGUCGUCGCGAUUACAGGGACCGUCGAGCCGGUGGUAAACGCAGUCUCGCUACAUGAUACCACAGAAGCCGAAGUGGUUCGGGACGAUGCUACCACAGAGACGCCUAGACCUAUCCAGCGUGAUGAGCCGGAGCCGGAGCCGACCGUGCAGUCAACUUCCAAAAGGGCCAGGCUAGACUUGGCAAGCUCUCGAAGAAUGCUGUUUUCCUCACUUGGCUUAAGAACACCGAAGACCAAAGAGGCCGAGCAGGCACUGAGGGAGAAGCUUUCGAACUCCGCCAGACCUGCCACACGAGUUGCAGGUUCUACCAAAGAAGCCUCUCCGAGUUCACAUACAAUCACCGAAGACUGGGAUUCCUGGAGGGACAAACUGGUAGUUUCAGCCGUAGAAUGUGAAGGCGAAGGAGGAUUACUGGAACCUCCACCAUUUCCCUUUCAGCAAGGCUGGAUGAGACGCAAUGGCAACAACAACAACAACAACAGAAAGCGCAAAUUACGCGACCAGGAUCAUUAUUAUCACGACAGGAACGACCAAUCGCAAGAUAACAACGAGAUGGCAGAUAAUCCUGUCGUUACUACGCUGAACUACGAUGACGAACCAAAACAGGUACCGACUGAAGCUUCUAGCGAAUUAAAAACGAUACAACAGAUUUCAGCAAAGAUGUGCGAUAAUUUUGAGAAUCUCCCAGCUCUGCAGAAAGACGAUGCCGUCCCUGGUGCAAUCAUUGCCUACAAAGAAUUGCACGUGGAUGCGUCAACAAAUUGGCAACCUGAGAUUUCCUCAUAUCGUGUUGGCGAGAUUACUCAAGCUGAUCCUUAUGGAACUAUUCAACUCAAGCUAGACCCGAGCUCUCGGGAGACGGGCUCGAGGACCGCAAUCGAUGAUGUUGAAGGGCAAAAGAAACAUGGAUUCGAGAUCACGGAUAACGAGGCCGAGGAGGCAGAUGAUGGCAGCCGUGAAGUCCAAUUCUCAGAUUUGAUAUCUGCCAAGCUCGUCAAGGCUUCCGCGGUAGAAGUCCCUGAGAGUAGUCUUAUGAAUAAAGUUGGGCUACAUGGUGGUGACUGUUCCCUUUCAUCAAAUGAUGAGCCUUUUGCAGUGGUGCCAGAAUCAGCCGAGCGAGGCGUCGAUACGCAAGAAAGCGAAGGUCAUCAGAUCACUGUCGAAAUCGACACUCCUCGUCGACAAGAAAUCACUGCGAUGAUCAGAGAUGCAGGUUUUGAUUCUGCAUUAGACGACCAGAUACUAGCCCCGAUGAGGACGCUUGAUCAGCAACUUCGGGCGUCUCAAAGUCCUGUUGGCGAAUCGAGUGCGGCCCCGGAUGAAAAUUCUCACGGCCAUCGCAAACGAUCUCCAGGCUUGGACUUUGUCUCAUCCGGUAACCGUCGAUCUUCCGAACUCGGGGGCGAACCCUCUGUUGCUCUUGCAGACAAUGCUAACCCUAGUUCGGAGCCGGAUAUGGCGCCCGCAUCUUCGUCACCAUUCAUCCAUACACAAGAAACUGUGGAGUACCCACAUAUAUCACAGAUGGACAUUGGCUCUUCUGGAGGAGCACCAAAGAACAACAACAGCAGCUCACACCAGGACGCCCAGAAGCUUUCUCCCGCUCCGGCCCUAGAAUCUUUUUCUAGCUUCGAACAAAGCAAAGUUGAAAAUGCUGUGGACAAUGCAGUCAAUGCCAGUGAGGAGGGUGGUUUCAACGACAAAUACGAGUCGUCAGUCGGUGUACAGGAGUCCGUCGCACCCAACAGCCAAGACGAGGGAGAGUCCGAUAAUAGUGGUGGAAGGUCUGGCCCAUCCCAAAGGGCUUCGACUUCUGAAUCUCUGGGCUCGGAAGUGCCCCAAUCUCAGUCUCAAUCACAACCACAGCAGCAAUCUUUUUUAGGCGGAACUGGUCACGAUGGACACGAUUCAUCGUACCAUGACGGCAGCGACGAUGCUUACAGCAGUGACGACCUUCCAUCCUUGAGUGAAAUCACUUCGAGUCAAAUUUCUCGCCGUGGUCCCCCUCCUGCCAUCAAAAAAACCACCCGUUCGAGCUUGAGGACAUCAUCACCCGUGCAGACGAGGAAAUCUCUUCGUACCGCCGCCGCGGUGGUGAAUGGAAGAUCAUAUCAGAAGAGCAAGCCGACGCCGCCGCCGCAGGGCGGUAGUAGUAGCCCGGCGGCACCUGAACAACCGGCAGCGUCCCCCUCACCAAGCGAGGACGAAUUAAAACUCUCCCAAAGUCGGGAACCGAGAAUGUCGCAGAUUCCCCCCACGGCAACACCGAUCGUCGAUCUUACUGUCGAGAGUGAAGUGUCGGGUCCUCCGCAAAAGUCACAUCGCCAAGGAGGCGACUAUGACGACGGUGGUGAAUUGCAUGAGAACGAGAGUAGUAGGGUCAAGAGGAAAGAGUUUCCAACAAUCAACGGACACGGGCGGCACUCGCCGGGGGCGACGAACAAGACGGCGGGCAGAAAAUCCAGUUCGAGUGGCGUGGGAAAUAGGAGGUUUCUAACGACCAAGAAGAGGAAUUACUUUUGAGAACUCACACAGUAAGUAGGCUCACAUGGGCUUGAGAACGGUGGCCUCGUCCUGUGCCCAUGGGAGACAGGCCUCGGGUACGGAUUUUCGGGAGUUUGCAAAACCUCUUCUCAUAUCUUCUUGUAUUGCUACGGAAAUUGUAUGUGGUCGGUCACUCGGCGACAUAUACUUGAGUACCCAAGUACUGGAAGAAGGGUACCUAAUAUACAUACUCUGUACGUGCCUCAAGGGUACAUGAUAAUAUUACUAUUCU